GGAUGUCGUGCUCUCGAGACAUACCUGCGUCGUCAUCCUCGCGCUGCAUACACAAUUGUGCUCCGAAUCCCGCACCGCCCCAUGCCCGUCGACUCAUCUAGUAUGUAAGCCAUAACAUUCUGUCCGCUCCGUCAGGUCGGAUCUCUUCCGGAAGUUUCCUGUUGAGCCCCAUGGGGACAUUGAUUGCGCCCACCUUUCAAUGCGAAGUGCUGCAAGCCCCAUGCGUGUCUGGUCCUCGUACUUACCUCGAAAAGAUUGAUGGAGAUGCCUUGGUCUCCCUUCUCUCACGUUAGACCCCAGCUCUCAGUCAACAAGCUCGGGGCAGCGAUCGCGCGCAAGGGUGCCCCCUCAACCGCCUCAACGCUCCCCAGGGUGAGGCCAUCGUGGCACAUACCGAUGGAAAACUUCACUCUCGGCACGAGAUGAAGUCAACCCAACGGGCCGUCGAGGCACGAUUCCUCCAGAUUCGCGAGCGAAGGCUAUACUCUAACAUCGCACCCC